AAUGGAAGCCGCAUCUGACUCGCGACAGAUGAUGAUUCUCUCAAAGAGCCUCGCGACCGGGAAGGACACAAUAUCCCCGCGUAUUUACCAGUCUAUGCGCUUGCAAGUAUAUAGGAAUUAACUUUUUUUUUGCGCACAGACGGGGACGUAGUGGCAGUUUGGAGAUGGUUUUGCAGCAUUUCCCCAGCUAGCGACGAGCGAUUGUUCUUUCAUAACAUCAGCAAGCUGCAGUCACUGUUUUCAGAAUUCUUGACUUCACAAAACACUCGCAUCACAGACACGGGUGCUAAAGUUAAGUAUGGACUACGAAAGACCCAACGUAGAGACCAUCAAGUGUGUUGUUGUAGGAGACAAUGCCGUGGGGAAGACACGCCUUAUAUGUGCCCGGGCCUGCAACACUACCCUGACCCAAUACCAGCUGCUGGCCACCCAUGUACCCACCGUCUGGGCUAUCGACCAGUACAGAGUCUGUCAAGAGGUCUUAGAGCGUUCCAGAGAUGUUGUGGAUGACGUAAGUGUGUCCCUCCGGCUAUGGGAUACCUUUGGAGACCAUCACAAAGACCGACGCUUCGCCUACGGGAGGUCUGACGUAGUGGUUCUCUGCUUUUCCAUCGCCAAUCCCAACUCCCUACAUCAUGUUAAAACCAUGUGGUACCUCGAGAUCAAGCACUUCUGUCCACGUACACCCGUCAUCUUGGUCGGUUGCCAGCUGGACUUGCGCUAUGCUGACCUGGAGGCAGUCAAUCGAGCUAGGCGACCAUUAUCAAGGCCUAUUAAACCUGGAGAUAUUUUGCCUCCAGAGAGUGGAAGGGAGGUAGCCAAAGAGCUUGGCAUCCCAUACUAUGAGACUAGUGUUUUCGACCAGUUUGGUAUCAAGGAUAUCUUUGAUAACGCAAUCCGGGCAGCCCUCAUCUCCAGACGUCAUCUACAAUUCUGGAAGUCCCACCUGAGGAAGGUCCAGAAGCCACUGCUGCAGGCACCAUUUUUGCCACCCAAAGCACCUCCACCACUUAUUAAGAUCCCAGAAUGCCCAGCCAAAAACCGGGAUGGCCCGAAGCAACUUCUUGAAAGCCCCCUGUGCGCUGAUGUUAUGUUCAUCAUUCAGGAACACGUCCACUUGUUUGCCCACAGGAUCUACCUGUCUACCUCAUCCUCCAAAUUCUUCGACCUCUUUCAAAUGGAUUUCUCAGAUGAGUCCCAGUGCUUGGUGAUAACAGAGCAUCACAGGCGGGAUCAACUGAUGCGCACACUAAGCCUGGACACAGAAGAGGACGUCACGGUCCUCCCCAACCUUUCGCCUUGCUCACUCCGGGCAUCCAAGAGUGAUGGUACCCUCAAGGUGAUGAGUUUCAGUGGGAUGCACCGGCGCACCAGGCUGUCCCUUGCCUCUUGGAGCAAGGCUUUCUACAGCAUCCACAAGGAGAACGUGAUCAACCCAGUCACGGGGACGCCAGCUCUUAUGACUGUUGUGAAGAUGGAUCAUUCCAUCCACAAUGGACCAUUCAGUGCCGUUCUACGGUUCCUCUACACCGGUGAGCUGGAUGAAAAGGAGAAGGACCUGAUGAAGAUCGCCCAAAUUGCAGAGAUCCUAGAAGUGUUUGAUCUUAGGAUGAUGGUGGAGAAUAUCAUGAACAAUGAGGGCUUCAUGAAUCAAGAGAUCACAAAAGCAUUCCAUGUGAGAAAGGCAAACCGAAUCAAAGAGUGUCUCGCCAAGAAUAAUUUCACAGAUGUGGUGUUCAGUUUGGAUGAUGGCACCAUUAACGCCCACAAACCACUGCUGAUCUCAAGCUGUGACUGGAUGGCUGCCUUAUUUGGGGGCUCUUUCAUGGAGAGUGCAAAUGACGAGGUCUCAUUCCCCAACACCAGCAGGGUAUGUAUGCAGGCAGUGCUCGAGUAUCUCUACACCAGUCAGCUGUCGCCCAUGGCAGACCUGGACCCAAUGGAGCUAAUCGCCCUGGCCAACAGACUGUGCCUUCCACGGCUCAUCGCCCUGACAGAGCAAUACGCCGUGAGCGAGUUAUUAAAAGCAUCUAAAGAUGGACAGGACAUCGAUGGAGAGGUACUCACCUAUCUGGAGCUUGCUCAGUUCCAUAAUGCUAAUCAACUCGCUGCCUGGUGUUUACACUACAUCUGCACCCAUUACAACAGGAUAUGUGCCAAUUACCGCAAAGAGAUAAAGUCGAAAUUGCUGGAAAACCAGGAAUAUUUUGAGAAGCACCGCUGGCCUCCGGUCUGGUAUCUGAAGGAGGAAGAUCACUAUCAGCGGGUGAAGAAGGAGAGAGAGAAAGAGGAUGUGGUUUUGAAUAAACAUCACUCGAGGCGACGCUGGUGUUUCUGGAGCACGUCCCCUGCAAUUGCUUGAGUCUGUACCAUUCUAAAGCUCGUUUUAUUUUCGAAGCUUAUGUUCCUUCUUUUCCUAUUUUGCUAAGAUGAAACAGACCACUCUAAACGAGCAAUCGGUUUGAAGCACAAUCUAAAUGUCCAAUCAAUGCUGGCCAACAAAUCUGUGAAGGUGAUGUAAGCCUAUUCCUUAUGGUGUAAUAAUAAUCGUUUUAAUAACCGUGCUGUUGUGUCGGACAUGUUUGUGUCACAGCAGUGAUCUGACUGUGUUAAACACAUAAGAAUCUUUAAACACUAAGAGGAUUAGGGAGAUUAGUUUUAUCUUAUAUUUCCUUUUUUCACUUAGGUGCUAUAUACUGUAUAUUUCCAUUAACACUGUUAAAUUAAGUCAUCUAAGUGGAAAAUGCUCAUUAUGCCACCAAUUCUCAGCACAUUGAUUUACAAAAUUAGCAUUGUCCAAUUUUGUGUUCAGGCAAAUUUUGGGUAAUGUGGGAGGCCUGUGAUUUGGAUUAUGACCCAAAACUUUGAGCACUUGAUAUUUGGGCUUGCUGUAGAUUGUAAUAUAAUGGAUGUAGUUUGAUCUUUGUGAUUGUUAGAGCUUACAGAAUCCAGUCCUAUGGAAAUAACAGGGUCAUUCCUAUUAUGCAAUACAUUUUGAACUCCGUUUUCAAACAAAACAAAUGGAUGCAUUUCUGUUAAAGAAUAUGCUGGUCUUUUAUUGAAAUAUGUUCUGGUAAAACUCAGGCACUUAAAAUGAUUAAUUAUUAAUUAUACAAUAUAUCAAGAAACAGGAAAGAUGGUUACGGGAUGAUAUAGAGCCCCAAAAAACUCAUGGUGACAAACAUAUGAGAUGGGCGCAUUGCUUUGAAAAGAACGCUAAACUAUUUAAUGUUAGUCAUCGUUUGAGAUAUUGGCAGUUUUGAAUGUAUUUUUAUACAGUUUGUUGUCAUUUGGAAGGCUUUAAAUACCAAUGACACACACAAAGAAUGUUACCUUAGAACUUAAUGUAGCAUUUAUUCCCUCUGAAUGAUGUUUCAGAGUAUAAGUAUAUAAGUAUAGAGUAUAAGUAGAAAUUCCGGCGAGGAAAAGAAAGUGAUGUCUUUUCUCAGAACAAACACAAAACAAACACUACAAGGCUAUUUAUUUGAGCGAAAGGAUUUAUACUUUCUUUAAUUUGAUAUGUUACUCCACAUAGGAAGAACAGACAUGCCAAAAGUUACUGACCUGAUCCAGACCAAUAUACACAUACUGAUUGCUAUUGUCUUGAUAUUGAAAAUAAGUGGGGCAGAUUUUAGGCUCUAAAUUAGCAUGUGUUGCAGUUUCAUUUUUGACCAUAGUCUUACAUUGAAAAAUUGUGGGGCGCUGUAGAGCUGGGUAGGAAUCCGACUUAGUAUCACGUUAAGUGCUUGCUGAAGCCAUGCCCUAAAUUUGACCAUAUCCCGCUCACCUUACGACUUAAAGGUGCUCUAAGCGAUGUCACACGUUUUUUAGGGCAAAACAUUUUUUUGUCAUAUACAGCAAACUUCUCCUCAUUAUCCGCUAGCUUCAUGUCCCCUAAACACACUAUAAAAAAACGCGGUCUAUGCAGACAAUCCAGGCUCCACAAAUGGCAACAAAGACAA